GGGGCUGGCGGGCGCGCGGGGGCGGCGGGCGCGGCGCUGCCAAUCGCAGACAAAAGGCCGCCCCAGUGAAUCAUGUGGUGCCGGGGGAGGAAGUGCGGCUUAUUUUCUUUCCUCCAGUCGCCGGGCUCUGGGUGGAGCGCGAUGCUCGGAGACCCCCGCGGGGGCGGCGGCGGCCGCGAGCCCCGAUGAAGCCCGAGCGCCCCGGCCGUGCCGUAGCGCCCCCGGCCCGAUGGAGGCCCCGCCGUGGGACCCCCUGCGCAACGACUCGCUGCCGCCCACGCUGACCCCGGCCGUACCCCCCUACGUGAAGCUCGGCCUCACUAUCGUCUACACCGUGUUCUAUUCGCUGCUCUUCUUGUUCAUCUACGUGCAGCUCUGGCUGGUGCUGCGCUACCGCCACAAGCGGCUCAGCUACCAGAGCGUCUUCCUCUUCCUCUGCCUCUUCUGGGCCUCCCUGCGGACGGUUCUCUUCUCCUUCUACUUCAAAGACUUCGUGGCGGCCAAUGCGCUCAGCCCCUUCGUCUUCUGGCUGCUCUACUGCUUCCCCGUGUGCCUCCAGUUCUUCACCCUCACGCUGAUGAACUUGUAUUUCACGCAGGUGAUUUUUAAAGCCAAGUCAAAAUAUUCUCCAGAAUUACUCAAAUACCGGUUACCCCUCUACCUGGCCUCGCUCUUCAUCAGCCUCGUUUUCCUGCUGGUGAAUUUAACCUGUGCAGUGCUGGUGAAGACGGGCACCUGGGAGAGGAAAGGGAUCGUCUCCGUGCGUGUGGCCAUCAACGACUCGCUCUUCGUGCUGUGUGCCGUCUCCCUGUCCAUCUGUCUCUACAAAAUCUCCAAGAUGUCCUUAGCCAACAUUUACUUGGAGUCUAAGGGCUCCUCCGUGUGUCAGGUGACUGCCAUCGGUGUGACCGUCAUCCUGCUCUACGCCUCCCGAGCCUGCUACAACCUGUUCAUCCUGUCGUUUUCUCAGAGCAAGAAUGUCCAUUCCUUUGAUUACGACUGGUACAAUGUGUCAGACCAGGCAGAUUUGAAGAAUCAGCUGGGAGAUGCCGGAUACAUGGUAUUCGGAGUGGUCCUCUUUGUGUGGGAACUCCUACCUACCACCUUAGUAGUCUACUUCUUUCGAGUUAGAAAUUCUGCGAAGGACCUUACCAACCCUGGAAUGGUCCCCAGCCAUGGAUUUGGUCCCAGAUCUUAUUUCUUUGACAACCCUCGAAGAUAUGACAGUGACGAUGACCUUGCCUGGAACAUUGCCCCUCAGGGACUUCAGGGAAGUUUUGCUCCAGACUGCUAUGAUUGGGGACAACAAACUAACAGCUUCCUGGCUCAAGUAGGAACUUUACAACCAGACUCAAUUUUGGAUCCUGACAAACCAAGCCAUGGGUAGCAUCAGUUAACAAGUUAUAUGGACGAUGCCUCAGUUGAAAAUCUUCAGAAAGACUAAUUUAAUGACAGCUGAAUUUUUAGGGCACGUUUCCUUAAGAAAUAGGACUCGAUUUUUCUUUGUUACAGGUUUCUGAUGGCUCCAUAGGACUAAGCAAUAAUUUAGAUUGAUAAAAACCUUAUUUUAGUACUAAAAAGUGAGCCUGGCUGCCUGUUUCAGUGAGUAUAAUUUAAACUUCAAAAAAAUUCUGUACUUUUAUAAAGAUGUAUUUUAUAUAACUUAAUAAUGCUAAAAUAUACUAGGAUUUUUUGAGAAUGUUACUGCAAUAUAUGUUGUAGUUUGCACAGACUUUUAUGCAUAAUUCACUUUAAAAGUAUACAGUACAUGGUCUGAUGGUUUUUUUUUUGUUUUUUUGUUUUUUGUUUUAAAGGCUUUUGGACUAAAGCAUUCCUCAAAUCCUUACCUCUUCAGAUCGGUCAGAUUCUGGUAGACUCUAAGUACAGUUGACAGCUAGAAAGCCGAUUGCAGCGCCAGUGUUGAAAGUUACACUGUAGCAGAAUGUCAGCAGACUACACAGUAGGUAAAUCGGCUCCUUAGAGUUGUGGAGGCAUAGAUGGUUGGUUCCUCAGAGAAUCUCCUAAAUUUUGCCAAAAUUUAGUACUCCUUUCAACAGGGCACUAAUGUAUACCUUCAGUGAUAAGUUGAUGUUAAUAAAAACAUUGACAGAAUUGACUUACACUAUUAAACUUCCUCUGCUGUA